AUGUCGUCCACGUUCCCCAAUCUCUAUUAUAAGAGACUUGCUGGCACUCCUAGGGCUUGCUAUGUUUGCGAUAAACCCACCACCACAGUUCUUGCAACAAUAAAUACAGUCGAUUUCAUCUAUACAUGUCCAACGCAUCUCGCCGACAGAAACUUUGCGAGUCGGAUAGUGGACAGCGCCCCAGCCAAGCCCAAGGCGAGCGACGAGGAAAUUCAGAAAGUGAAACGAGAAUGGGAAGAGAAGCAAAAGAAGAAACAAGAGAAAGAGAAAGAGAAAGAGGAAGCGGAAAAGGAUCAGAAGACGGAUGAGAAGGACGACAAGAAGGAAUCGAAAGUCAAACCCCCGUCGCCAGCAUCCGCACCAGCCAGUACUCCCCCUUCUACAACCCAUGAACGUUACAGUCUUCACCGAGACUUUUUCUCCAUGCGACUUGCAGAGCAUCGCAAGAAACGACAAACAGUUCAAGCAAAGGAACUUGGUCCCAGAUUGCCAGGAGCUCCCACUGGAACCAUAGUUGGCUCUUAG